AUGGCAGCUAGAGGAGAAGAAGAGGAAAAGUUGCCGGAGAAUAUCAAAAUCGAAUCGGCGGGUGUGAAUGGAGAAGAGGAAGAAGACGACGAGCAUGAUUCGAAGGAGAGAGUUUUACUGAGAUACUUUCUGCAAGAAUGGAAGCUCGUUAAAUCUCUUCUCGAUGAUAUUGUUUCGAAUGGUCGUGUCGUUGAUCCUUCUUCUGUUCGGAAGAUCCGAUCCAUCAUGGAUAGAUAUCAGGAGCAAGGUCAACUAGUGGAACCUUACUUAGAGAGUAUAGUUUCUCCAUUAAUGUUUAUCAUUCGCUCGAAAACAGUUGAAUUAGAAGCGAAACCUGAUGAGAUUCUUGAAAUUAUCAAGCCAAUAAGCAUUAUUAUAUAUGCUUUAGUUACAGUCUGUGGGUACAAAGCUGUUAUCAAGUUCUUUCCGCAUCAAGUAUCCGAUCUGGAACUCGCUGUGGCGCUCCUAGAGAAGUGCCAUAGCACGAGUUCUGUUUCUUCCUUGAGGCAAGAAAGCACUGGAGAAAUGGAGGCCAAAUGUGUUACUCUUUUGUGGCUUUCGAUACUUGUGUUGGUCCCGUUUGAUAUUUCUUCUGUUGAUACAAGCAUUGCAAAUGAUAAGAGCUUUGGUGUGGACGAUCUUGCUCCUUUGGUAUUGAAGAUUUUAGGUUUCUGUAAGGACUAUCUUUGCAAUGCUGGACCGAUGCGCAGGAUAUCGGGAUUGCUUCUCUCUAAGCUUUUAACGCGUCCGGAUAUGGGAAAGGCGUUUACAAGUUUUAUCGAGUGGACACAUGGAGUUUUAUCCUCUAUGGAAGAUAGUGUUGUGAACCACUUUCGCUUGCUUGGUGUGAUGGAGGCUCUUGCUGCCAUUUUUAAGACCGCUAGCCGGAAAGUGUUGCUAGAUGUGCUUCCUACUGUUUUGAAUGAUGUGACCGUGCUAAGCAAAUCAAAUGCGGCAGCUAAAAGUCCUCUGCUUCGCAAGUAUUUGAUCAAGUUAACUCAAAGGAUAGGGCUUGUUUGUCUUCCUCAUCGCUCACCUACCUGGCGCUAUGUGGCUCAAACGGCCUCUCUUUCUAAGAAUAUAUCUACCAGUUCACCCCAAAGAUUGGCCCCUGAUCAUGCUAUGACUGCGGUCUCACAUCAAGAAAGUUCAGAUGACGAAGAGGAUGAAGAUAUGGACGUUCCUGAUAUCUUAGAAGAGAUAAUUGAAAUGCUGCUCUCUGGUUUGAGGGACACGGACACUGUGGUUCGUUGGUCUGCAGCAAAGGGUAUAGGCCGUGUGACUUCACGACUAACAUCUGUUCUUUCUGAAGAGGUGCUGUCAUCUGUAUUGGAGCUGUUUUCACCAGGAGAGGGAGAUGGUUCAUGGCAUGGGGGUUGUUUGGCCUUGGCUGAAUUGGCUCGUAGAGGGUUACUGUUGCCUAGAAGUUUCCCACAAGUCAUUCCAGUUAUUGUGAAGGCACUCCAUUAUGAUGUCCGUAGAGGUCCGCACAGUGUUGGAUCUCAUGUGCGUGAUGCAGCUGCCUAUGUAUGUUGGGCAUUUGGACGUGCCUAUUCCCACAAAGAUAUGAAAAACGUGCUGGAUCAGCUGGCUCCAGAUUUGUUGAUAGUGGGUUGCUUCGAUAGAGAGGUGAACUGUAGAAGGGCUGCUGCCGCUGCUUUCCAAGAGAACGUUGGAAGACAAGGAAAUUACCCUCAUGGGAUUGACAUAGUGAAUAUAGCUGACUAUUUCUCCCUUUCUUCUCGGGUGAACUCUUACCUUCAGGUUGCUGUUUCCAUUGCUCAAUAUGAAGGGUAUCUUUAUCCGUUUGUGGACGAAUUGCUUAACAACAAGAUCUGCCACUGGGAUAAGAGCUUGAGAGAACUUGCUGCAGAAGCUCUUGCUGCACUUGUUAAGUAUGAACCUGAGCACUUUGCCAACUAUGUGCUGGAGAAACUAGUUCCUUGUACCCUUUCCACCGAUUUGUGCAUGCGCCAUGGUGCAACAUUAGCAGCUGGAGAGGUUGUGUUAGCUCUGCACCAGUGUGGCUAUGUCCUUUCUGCUGAUAGCCAUAAACGUAUGGCUGGACUAGUACCCGCCAUAGAAAAAGCACGCCUUUACCGUGGGAAAGGUGGAGAAAUAAUGCGACUGGCUGUCUCACGGUUUAUCGAAUGUAUCUCGUUAUCACAUGUGACAUUAGCUGAGAGAACUGAGCGGAUCCUGCUAGAUACUCUCACUGAGAAUUUAAGACAUCCCAAUUCUCAAAUACAGAAUGCAGCUGUCAGUGCUGUUAAACAGCUUGUGCAAUCCUAUCUCGUUGGCAAUGAUAAAAAAACUGUUGAUUUAAUAUCAAAACACCUUAAACAUCUAACGGACCCAAAUGUAGCUGUUCGAAGAGGUUCUGCACUUGCACUUGGUGUCCUGCCAUAUGAAAUAUUGACUGCAAAAUGGAAGGAUGUAGUUUUGAAGCUCUGCAGUGCGUGUAAGAUAGAGGUGAACCCUGAAGACAGAGAUGCAGAGGCACGUGUGAAUGCUGUAAAGGGACUCACAUCUGUGUGUGAGACUCUAACUCAGCAAAGUGCUAGUGCUCCUGAAAACGAUGACCUUUCUCUUUUUCUGCUUAUCAAGACAGAGGUGAUGGAUACUUUACUGAAAGCUCUUGAUGACUAUUCAGUUGAUAACAGAGGUGAUGUAGGUUCUUGGGUUCGUGAAGCUGCAAUCCAUGGCCUUGAGAAAUGUACAUAUAUCCUCUGUAAGAAAGUCGGCACGAAUUCAGCGGCCGAUCAUAACAAUGAAACGUCAUUACUUUUCGAUUCAAAUCUCGCAACCCGCCUAAUUGGAGGUAUUUUGAAGCAAGGAGUGGAGAAAAUGGAUAAAUUAAGAGAAAUAGCUGCGAAAGUUCUUCAAAGGAUUUUGUAUCACAAAACUGUUACCGUCCCUUUCAUACCUCAUAGAGAAAAACUUGAAGAUAUUCUUCCCAACAACGCAAAAUUACAAUGGGCGGUACCGACUUUCUCUUUCCCACUUUUUGUUCAGUUAUUAGAAUUCCAUUGUUACAGCAAAGAAGUGAUGUCCGGAUUAGUAAUUUCGAUUGGAGGAUUACAAGAUUCGCUUAAAAAGGCUUCGCUCUCUGCAUUGCUAGAGUAUAUGAGGGAAGGUGAAGUUAAAGAACAACAAUCCAGAGAAUCUGCGAUGUGCGACGACAUCCUCUGGAUACUUCAAGAGUACAAGAAAUGCGACAGAGUUAUCGUGCCCUGUCUAAAGACUAUUGGGGACCUCUUCGGCAGCAAGAUUUUUCUGAAUCAAGAGGCUUAUACGUUGAGUUUCUACGUGGGUGUCAUGGAUUCUCUAGCCAUGGAACUACGAGCUUCAAAAGAUUUCACAAAGUUAAAAGCAGGCCUUGUAAUACUUGGAUAUAUCGCGUCAGUCUCAGAACCCAUCAGCAAACAAGCCUUCUCUCAGCUUUUAGCAUUCCUUGCCCACCGAUACCCAAAGAUUCGUAAGGAGGCAGCGGAUCAAGUCUAUCUUGCGCUCCUUCAAAACGGAAUCUUGGUAACAGAGGACAAGAUUGAGAAAGUGACAGAAAUAAUAUCAGAGUCUUGUUGGGAAGCUGACAUGGAAUCAACCCAAUCUCAGAGGUUGGAAUUGUGUGAAUUGACUGGUUUAGACCAUGGAGUAGUGUUCAAGACCAGAAACAGAAAGGUGACUAGAGAUAUCGCCGGGGAUAAGAGGACUGCUUCGGACGAGAAUGCGUCUUACUCAUCCCUAGUCGAUUCCUCUGGCUUCUGA